AAAUUGGAUGAGAUUGAGGUUACGAACGUAUGUGUCGAAAUACUUCCAAUAAUGGGAACGUUCUUUAUCAUUUUUAUGUUUGUGUACGAGUAAGUACUGUAAGUAACAUUCUUAAAAUUGUUUAAUAAUCAUGAUGAUGGUAACUUAAUUUCAGGUUUAAAAAGUUACGUCAGUGUUUUCGUGCACUUCUCGUGCUAGCGUGUUGUACAACUUGAAAUUGUAGGAAUAUGGCACUAGUCAGCUGCGAGUUGGUGUACAAGUUAUAGAGGGGUGCUGUUGACUGUACAAAAACUUAAAUUGUUUGUAUACUCUUAACUAUGGUACAUGAAAGUUUACGUAAUUCCCCUCAUAUAGUUUAAUAUGUGCGGAUUUCCACUUUGUUGCAGUGAAAGAACUUCAUUAACCUCAAAAUUAACCUGUGUUGAACAUAAUAUUAACAAUACCAGAUUCAUUUGAUUGUGAAAUGGUGAUUGCAAAACAAGGCCUCUCCGUUAAGGAAACCUGAGGCUCAGGAGUUUGGAGAUGUCUCUUCAGGGAACAAACAGCAAUGUUGAACGCGAUGUCCUGCGAGAAAAAGAACGCCAGGCUAGAGCACGAGCUCUGUUAAUUGAGGACAACCAUGAUCAUACGUCAUCGCAGCCUAUCUUUGGAGAACCAAUUAAGGUCGUGCCACGCCUUGAAGACGAAACUUCUCGACGGAUUAGACGCACGCUAGGAGAUUUUAACCAAGUGCAGCCAUAUUUAACAAAAGAUCCCACACAUUUGAUUGGAAUUUCUAAAACUGUGGCCACUGGCGUCAGUAACACAGCAGUGGAUCGGAAUGGAAAAGAAACAGGAUGUGAUCCCAUCCGACAGUCACCAUCAUCCAGCAAUAGUAAUUUGGCGAGGUCGGUUCCGACUGAUAAUCCAUGUGCUGUAAACGAGUCUCUUACUUCGACAAAUUCAUCACUGUUAAAAAGGGAUCAGAAAUCGACGACCCCCAUCGUGAGCAGCCAACAUCAUCGUUCCAAAAAGUGUGCUCAACAGGAUCAGAGGGAAGAGGUUGUCCCAAAAAUACCAUCAGAUUCGUACAAAUCUACGGCCAAAGCAGUUAAGGAUAUAGAUGAUUUAAUGAGGACAACUAGUUCUCAACCUACUAUUACAGCCCAUCACAGAAACACUGGUAAUGUUCCUAUGUCUUCAUCAACUACCAAACUUUGUACCUCAACGCCCUGUCAGGCCACUGACAGGGAAAAAGUACGACAUAACAAACAGAACCACUUCAAGUUGAAUCAUACAACACACCAGGUGGACGUAAAAAAUAAAAAACAUCCUGAAGUGGAAUCCAUUUUGCGGGAAAUGAAGCAGGUGGUGCCACCUCCUCUCACUACCAUAGCAACGCCACCGAAGGAAGAGCAAGUUUUAGGUUUCUCUCCACUUCGUGAACGAGUUCUGUCGCCACCACCUAAUUCACAGGAGGAAACUUCAAACAAGCAAGAGAAAGAACGGAGUACCACUUCUUCCUAUUCAGCGAUCAGCCUUCAUAAGGAUUUGGAAGUUAGCGAUAGUGAAGAAGAAACGGUUCCAAAUGUUAAAAAGGUCCAGAGGCAGCUAGGAAGUGAUAGGUCAGCUAGCAGUGAAAUUCUUUACCCACCGUCCCCAUUGGAAGCCAUGUCAUCUAGUUCAGAAAACAGUUCAAGUGAUUCUGAUAACAGCAGCUCUGGCUCAGACUCUGAGGAAAGCAAUGUGAGCGGAAGGGUUUCUCCAGAAUCACCAGAAAAGUUUAGUACUCAAAGCUGGGGACUUGCCAACUUUGUGGAAAAGAAAAGCACACCUGCUUUAGCACCACUAAAAGAGUUUAAUUCGAUCAAUCAUGAAGAGCAACACCUCAUACUGAACAACAGCCAGAACAUCACCAUGGACUUAGCUGAUGAAGAUUCUGUCAACUGUAUUCUUGGAAAAUUCUCCAACAAUGAUAUCAAGGAUUAUUUACAGAGUCCAAGUCCUCAUUUGAUGGAUUUUGAUUCUGGGGCCUUGCCUUUAAGUCAUGAGGUCCAGGCUUUGCUCUCCCCUGUUCCAUCAUCUCCUAUACCAAGACAAGAAGAACAGGUAGAAUCUGAAGAUGAAUUGUGGGGUAGGCAUCUGAUUGACAGAGAGGAUCAAAAGAGUAGAGGACAAGAUCAAAAGAGCUUUGAUCAAGAUCUCGCAUGGUCAGAAGAUGAUGAAGAGGACAGAGAGAUUAGAAAUUAUUUUCCUGAGCAGCUGCAGAAUGUUAAAAUAAAGAUAAAUUUAGGGAAUAAAGAGAAGAAACAGGAUGCAGCAGAGCUUAAGGAAAAUACAAAGAAAGUGUAUGAUCAGUAUUGUGCCAGCAUUUAUUCUACACCUGAGGUGUCUAGCUCAACUGCCCUGAAGGCUGAUUGUACAACAGUGACUGUGUCUAAAUGCAUACAAUCCAGCAAAUCUUCUGUUUAUGUCUCAUCAUGUCACAGAUCUGAUGGGAAUAAGAGCUCAAAUAAUGUUGAAUCUCAUUCACUUUUAGUAAAUUCUGGUCAGGAAAAAGUGAGAAAAAAAAGUGAUAACAGAAAGCCCGUAAAAAGCAACGAAACUUUAAAGAAACAUAUUUCUUAUGGUCAUAGCAGUAAAAGUGGUUCUAAAAAAGAAGAAAAGGUCCGUAAGACUUCUGAGGAUAGAAAGAGUUCAAAUGAUCAUUUGGUCGUAAAACCAGAAAGUGCUCACUUAGAAAAGAAACCUUGUGACAGUCAUAAAGCAGAAAAGUUUGAGAAAAAGACUGCCUCAAAAAUCAAAUCUAAACCAAUUGUGUCUGACACUUCUAGUUCCGAGGAAAGUGAAUUAGAUACAUUCCAAGGUAGUUUACCAAGAGUAAGAAAGAAUGUCAAGAAAACAAGUCAUACUUUGUCCUCCAAAACAUCUUCCACUGAAUCUCUUAGCAUGUCCAGUAAAUGUCCAGAAAAGGUCAGAUCUAAAGAUAGUCCAAUUUUUCCUAAAAAAUGUUCAAGUUCCUCUCAUAUAACUGAUGUGAUCAAUAGAGUCGCCAGAGGAGAUUCAUCAUGCAGGAAUAUCUGUUUGGACAGCGAGAGGCAUUUACCACCCAGUUGGACUGAUCGUGUGCCAACUAGCCUUACAAAGUUUAAUGAUGAUACUCCUGUCAAAAUGGAUCCACCCAAACUUCUGUCACCUAUACGUAAUGGGAGCACACCUAAGGCUCAUAAAGAGCUCAAAGAAAAUGCCAUUCCUUGUGUUUUUGUAAGUAUAGACCUAGCCCUUAUCAACAGAGUGCCUGAUUAUCCUCCAAUAGACAGAACUAAAUCUCUUGAACAACCAGGUAAAGUUAAAUCACAAGAUCCUAUCAGACCUUCUCCAAGGGAACAUUUGAAAGAAAUUAAACAGGAUUCUAACAGGACUUCUAUUUUUUCAAACCCAGUUUCAGAAAGUGUAUCACCAGUGAAGAAAAAGAAGAAAAAAAGCUUGCAACUUGCAAGUAAACCACACAAACGAAGGGCUGAAGAAAAUAAGGUAGAAAAUGGAAAAAAACACAAAAUGUCUGCUUCAACAACUGUUGAGUUCCCAGAACCACAAGCUACAGGGAAACAGGUACAACUGGAUGGGGAUCACUUAUGGGAAUACACAACCCCAAAAUCUGUAGAGCAGUGUGAUAGUCCAAGUAGUCUUUCAGUUUGUUCAUAUUCCAGCCACAAGAGUGCUCUAAGUGUCAGUUCAAGAAGAAAAGUUUAUGAAAAGGAUACUAAAGAACAAUCUAUUAAAAAGUCCAAGUCAAAAGAGAAAACAUCAGAACAUAAGAGUGAAUCAAAAACUACCUUACCUCUGUCUUCUGAGCAAAAAAGUAAAACAAAAGAGAAACAGAGGUUAAAAGGAAAAGAACCUGACAGUAAAGUUCAAGAAAAAUAUAGAUCAAAUAGUACAGAGAGUAAAAAGUUUAGAAGUAGUGCAGUAAAAGGAAUUGCUCCAAAUUCACCUAGUCAGAAAACCAAGUGCAUUUGGGAGGAGGAAGUUCCCCACUUCAGGUCAGAUGACCAGGAGAAGAAUGAAAAGAGUAACAGUAGAGCCAGCACUGUUCAUGCAUUAGAGUAUGGUCACAGAGAAAGGGAACGGCCAUUAUUUGAACACAAACUCUACUUAGAUCAUGAUUCAAAACAUUAUUCCUCUGACAACUACUUGAACGAAGCCAAAGAAUUGAAGCAUCAAGCAGAUAAAGAGGUAGACAGGACUGUUCAGGCAAUGAAAUACCUAGAGGCUGUCUUGUACUUCACACUCACAGGAAAUGCUAUGGAGCACAAUUGUGUAGAUGGUGACAAGGUAUACACAAUGUACAAAGAAACUUUAGGUUUGAUUAGGCACAUUUCUUCAAACUUUCAAAAAUGUCAGCACAGUUCAAAUUAUGGAAACAUUGACCGAAGAUUAGCUGUGCUAAGCCUUAGAUGCCAGUCUCUGCUUUACCUUAAACUGUAUCGUUUAAAGAGGGUUGAAGUCAGAGAACUACACAAGUCUUUAAAUGACUUUCAGAAGUCUCCAGCCAGUCAAAUGGUUUCCCAUCCAUCGCCACUCCCACCCAGCAACUAUACUCCAAAUCCUUCAUCACGGUUUUCAUAUCCUUCUCCAUGUCAUUCAAGAAGCUAUGGUGGGUCUGGGGCUAAUGGUGUUCCUUCCCCACAUUCUCCCACACCUUCACCAGCAGGAAGUGUGGGGUCUCAGAGUAGUGGAUACAGCAGUAGUGAGUUGAAUGGGCGCUGCAAUACAGUGCAGUCAGGGAAUUGUCACAACAGUCAUUCCAUAUCAGGCCCAAGUCAUUUAUCCAGCACACACUACCAUUCAACUGUGGGAGUUCCUCAGAACAUGUACAGUAUGAUGCAGAAACAAAACAUCCACCUUACAAAUCUGCACAUGUGUUUGGAUCUGUGGGAACAAGCUGACUUUCUGAUAGAACACAGUGGCUCACGAGAAUUUUUUUCUGCACUGGACAAAAGUUGUGGUCACCUAACACUCCACAGCUCCUUUUCUGACCUUGUCCGUUAUGUUCGUGCUGGACUCUAUAGGCUUAAGGAAGGAACAUGAAGUUCAGUGGAUUCCCAUUUUUAGAAAAGAACUGAACUGGUUCCUGCAAGUCAGGGAUCAUUUAUUGUAGCAAAAUGUACAUUUUCAUCACAUUUUGAACACAAU